ACGGAAGCGGUGACGGACAGCGGGCUCGGUAAACAGCGCGAGGCGGAGAGGAGCAGCUGCUGGGCCGGUGAAACAUCCUCCUCGGGUGGAUUUAUUAACGGUUUACAGAUGUUUCAACAUGGCGACGCGACGUUAGACUCAGAAACUGCUUGUGUUUUAUCUGUGAGUACCGCGGCCAGGCAGCGACGGUUGGCCGGUUCACUUAGUCAUGUCACCGACUGCAGUAUCCAUUCGCAGGGGGCCCGGUGGGGCUACAGGUAGCUGCUACCGCUGCUGCUGCUGCUGAUGAUGAUGAUGAUGAUGAAGGUGUUUCGCAGUCCGGCCCGCCAUGGCUACGCUGUGGAAGUGUCUCCGUUCAUCCCUAACAGAGUGGCCUGCGCUGCCUCCCAGCACUAUGGACUAGCUGGCUGUGGCACACUCCUGGUCCUGGAUGACACGGAGACAGGGGUUUCUGUAGUGAGAAGCUGGGAGUGGAGUGACGGUCUGUUCGACGUGGCAUGGAGUGAAACCAAUGAACAUGUCUUGGUUGCCGGGGGCGGAGACGGCAGCCUGCAGCUGUGGGACGUAGCCAAUCACAGUGCUCCGCUGAGGGUGGCCAAAGAACACACACAAGAGGUCUACGCUGUGGACUGGAAUCAGACCAGAGGAGAGAACCUCAUCGUCUCUGGAUCGUGGGAUCACACGGCUAAAGUGUGGGAUCCCACUCUCAGCCACUCGCUGAAUACACUCAGAGGUCACGAAGGGGUCAUCUACAGCACCAUUUGGUCUCCUCACAUCCCAGGAUGCUUUGCUUCAGCCUCAGGUGAUGGGACGCUCAGAGUGUGGGAUUUGAAGGCUGCCGUGUGUCGAUUGGCCAUCCCAGCGCACAAGGCUGAGAUCCUCAGCUGUGAUUGGUGCAAAUAUGAUCAGAACAUUGUGGCCACAGGCUCAGUGGACUGCAGUGUGUGUGUGUGGGACCUGAGGAACGUACGACAGCCUGUCAAUCAGCUUCAAGGCCAUACCUAUGCCAUCCGCAGAGUCAAGUUUUCUCCAUUCAGUAAGACGGUGUUGGCAUCCUGCUCGUACGACUUCACUGUCAGGUUCUGGGAUUACAGCAGGAACCCGUCUCUUCUGGACACUGUGGAACAUCACUCAGAGUUCGUCUGUGGAUUAGACUUCAACCUGCACGUCCCCAACCAGGUGGUGGACUGUUCCUGGGAUGAGACAGUGAAGAUCUACACACCGGCCUGCCUGACAGCUGCAGCUCACAGUACAGCACCCUAGAACACACAUUUGUCCCUCUAUACUUGUGAGGACCCUCAUUGACAUAAUGCAAUCCCUAUAGCCACUAAACCAAACCAAGUCUUAACCUUCAACCAGCCAUCUGAAGUUGUGAGGACCAGCCAAAACCCCCUUAGUCCUCACAUAGAUGGCAAUACAAGCCCAAACACACACACACACACACACACACACAUACAUGUUUAUCAACAGCAGGCUUUGGGAAAUGUACUUUCAUUUCAUUUCCACACUGAAAUAAUUCAACAAUGUUUUAUCGCAAACCCUGAGAAGCCAGACACAUGUUGGUAGAGAGGUGAUAAAGUGAGUGUGUGUGUUUCUGUGAAAACGGAAAAUACGUUUCUCUACUUUCUAAUAAAAUGCUUUUUUUUUUAUUCUGACGAAGAGAAUAAAAUGAAUUUACUGUAAGAGCUGGAAUUUAAUUUGAUCAGUAACAUUUAUGUAAAUCAAUAAUUUGUUAUUGUUAUUGUUGCUCAGUGGUGAUGCAGCUGUCACCUGAAAUUCUUGUGAUAUCAGCAAAUAUAGUCUCAGAUCAGUUUAAUUUAAUAGAUUCUAAUCAUCAUGUUUUGGGUCUGAUUUUCAAGUGAUGAUGACUUCACUGCGAAUAAAUGAUGUAAAUCAGGA